AUGGCAGUUCCAAGCUUGACUACCAAGGACAGUGUAGUCCUACUUUUAUAUGCAUUUUUGGCGGCUUUACCGGCUUGGUAUUUGACGGCAUAUCUUAUUUCCCCCCUUCGCCGAGUUCCCGGUCCUUUCCUGGCGGGAUGGACCAAUUUGUGGCGAAUGUUUCAUGUCCGGCAGGGCAAAUACCACGUCGUCAUCGCAGACCUUCACAAAAAAUACGGACCAGUCGUUCGCAUCGCUCCUAACGUUCUGGACCUAGAUUUCCCACAGUUGAUCAAGACUCUUUACAACACGAAAGCAAAUUAUCUUAAGACUGAAUUCUAUCAUGGAAGCAGUGCCAAAAAUAAUGGAAAAAUUAUUUAUAAUCUCUUCAGUGAAUGUAAUCCAGAGGUUCACGCUCGUCAGAAGCGACCUAUCGCGCAGCACUAUUCGAUGACCGGUGUUCUUCCGCUAGAGCCGCAUAUCGACCAAAUGAUUGGCUAUCUAUGUGAGCGCCUAGAAGAGAAGUUCAUCAAUGAUUCUAGUUCCAAUAAAACCUGUGACCUCGGUGAAUGGAUUGCGUUUUAUACCUGGGACGUUGUUGGGAAGGCUACAUUUAGCCAGCCCAUUGGUUACCUAGAGAAAGGCCAUGACUUUGAUGGCACACUUGCUACAGCCGAUAUUGCGAUGGACUACUUUACUAUGGUGGGACAGAUGCCCAUCCUGGAUCACCUCCUGGAUAAGAACCCCGUAUACCGAAUCGGUCCACCGUCAUUUGGCAACAUUACGAACAUAUCUAUUCAGCAUCUUAUGGAUCGACUUCAGGGGAAGGACGGUGAUUAUCAUGACCCACAGAAACCCGACUUCCUCGAUAAGUUCAUUGAGGCGAAGGAAAAGUUCCCGGAUGUUGUGAAUGAUAUGCAAAUCAUUUCAUAUUUGAUGAUCAACAUGAUCGCCGGGGCUGAUACAACAGGCAUCACUCUCAAUGCAGCUCUGUAUUUCUCGUUGAAGAAUCCCCGUGUGUGGAGUCGCCUGAGAAGUGAAAUCCCAGCGUACGAUCCCACUUCCACAAACUCCGUUGUGUCUUUCAAACACGCCAGGGAAUGUCAAUAUCUUGAAGCAGUGGUACGUGAAGCGAUGAGAUGCCAUCCUGCUGUCGCGAUGCUUUUGGAGCGGUAUGUACCGGAAGGUGGUCUCACUCUUCCGACUGGACAGUGCAUUCCUGCGGGCUGUGUUGUUGGCAUGAACCCCUACAUCUUGGGGCGAAAUAAGUCUGUUUGGGGUGAAGAUGCCGAGGAGUUCCGACCGGAACGAUGGCUUUGGGACGACUCCCAGGAGAGCCAAGAGGAGUUCCAGGAACGUCUGCGGGUGAUGAACAAUGCGGAUCUGGCGUUCGGUGGUGGAAGUCGCGUCUGUAUCGGCAAGAACUUGGCUCUCUUGGAGGUUUAUAAAGUUUUGGCCACACUAGUCUCCCGUUACGACAUGAAGUUAGCUCAACCUGAUAAAAAUUGGGCCACACAUAAUAGCUUCUUUGUUCGACAAGAAGAUAUUAAAGUCAAAAUCUCCCGGCGGUACUGA